UCCGGGCUCUCCAGUCCUGUUUUGGAGUUGGAGUCGGGGUGCUGGUGGCUCCUCCCCAGCUCAGCCAUUGCUGCGCUGCAGGGCGCCCUGGGAUCGCAGCGGGCUCGCCCGGUGAGCGCGCCGGGGUAGCCUCUGGUGGGUAGGACGCGUGGAGCUGGAGGCUCUGUGGGCGGUGUAUCUGGGCAGGCCGAGGUCCCGGCAACUGGCUGGACACCUUGCUGGUUCUCAGGCACAAAGAUGUCGGUCAUCUCCCCGAAUCCCCGAGUCUUUUAACCUCCCAUGUGUUAGCGGUCACCCCACGUGUCCCACGCAUAUGUUGGGGGCCAGAAACGCUGAUUCUUCCCCAGAAGAGACCUGAUAAUUGUGGCUCCAGGAUCCUGUUAUUGUCGACAUACCCUGUAGUCCUCCGGGAGUAACGGUUAUGUGGAAAGGGACAGAAUAACAGCAAUGCUAGAACAGAUCGCGGCCUCUUUGCAGGUACUCCUGAUGCCUCAUUUGCCUCUGGCCUCUUUUCUACAAUGGGGGCUGAGGCCCUCACGGGGCCUCCCCAGGUCCCGUACCCUUUCUACCCAGUCACAGCCCUAUGGAUCCCCCAUCUCCCAGAGGAACCGUGAAGCCAAACAGAAGCGCCUGCGAGAGAAGCAGGUGGUGCUGGAGGCUGGCUUAGCCCGGAAGAACAAGUCACCUGCAGAAUCCAGGAAGGCCUGGACUCCUAAAGAAAUAGUGUUAUAUGAAAUCCCCACAGAACUUGGUGAAAAGAAAGAUGUCUCCCAGCCCCUACCUCCUGCAUACAGCCCCCGAUAUGUCGAAGCGGCCUGGUACCCUUGGUGGGUUCGAGAGGGUUUCUUCAAGCCAGAAUAUCAGAUCAGGCUGCCCCAGGCUACAGGGGAGACCUUUUCCAUGUGUAUCCCACCUCCCAAUGUCACUGGCUCCCUACACAUCGGGCACGCACUGACAGUGGCCAUCCAGGAUGCUCUUGUGCGCUGGCACCGGAUGCGUGGGGAUCAGGUGCUGUGGGUCCCUGGCUCAGAUCAUGCAGGAAUCGCUACCCAAGCUGUGGUGGAGAAGCAGCUGUGGAAGGAGCGAGGGGUGAGAAGACACGAUCUGAGCCGGGAAGACUUCCUCCAGGAGGUGUGGAAGUGGAAGGAGGAGAAGGGUGGAGAGAUCUGUGAGCAGCUCCGAGCUCUGGGGGCCUCCCUGGACUGGGACCGAGAAUGUUUCACUAUGGACGCUGGCUCCUCAGUGGCUGUGACCGAAGCUUUUGUGCGACUUCAUAAGGCAGGGUUGUUGUACCGCAGCCAGCAGCUUGUCAACUGGUCAUGCUCUUUAAGAUCAGCCAUCUCUGACAUCGAGGUGGAGAGCCGGUCCCUGCCUGGCCACACAGAACUUAGACUGCCUGGCUGCCCCACCCCUGUGUCUUUUGGCCUGCUUGUCUCUGUGGCCUUCCCCGUGGAUGGAGAGCCUGACGCAGAGGUCGUGAUAGGGACCACGAGGCCAGAGACGUUGCCUGGAGAUGUGGCAGUGGCCGUUCAUCCCGACGACACACGAUAUACACAUCUACAUGGACGACAACUUCGUCACCCCUUGACGGGGCAGCUCCUCCCCCUCAUCACAGACCCUGCUGUCCAGCCACACAUGGGCACAGGGGCAGUGAAGGUGACUCCAGCUCACAGUCCUGCUGAUGCUGAGCUGGGGAGCCGGCACGGCUUGAGUCCUCUGAGUGUCAUUGCAGAGGAUGGGACCAUGACCUCCGUCUGUGGGGACUGGCUGCAGGGUCUUCAUCGAUUUGCAGCCCGUGAAAAGAUAGUGUCCGUACUGAGGGAGAGGGGCCUGUUCCGGGGCCUCCAGGACCAUCCCAUGGUGCUGCCCAUUUGCAGCCGCUCCGGGGACGUGGUAGAGUACCUGCUGAAGAGCCAGUGGUUUGUGCGCUGCCGGGAGAUGGGGGAACAGGCUGCCCAGGCUGUGGAGUCUGGGGCCCUGGAGCUGAGCCCAUCUUUUCACCAGAAGAACUGGCGGCACUGGUUCUCCCACAUCGGGGACUGGUGCAUCUCACGGCAGCUGUGGUGGGGCCAUCAGAUUCCAGCCUACCUGGUUGUAGAGGAGCCCGGGAAGGGCCAUAGGGAGGACUGCUGGGUAGUGGGCCGGACAGAGGCUGAGGCCAGAGAAUUGGCUGCAGAACUGACUGGGAGACCAGAGGCGGAGCUGACCCUGCAGCGUGACCCUGAUGUCCUGGACACAUGGUUCUCUUCAGCUCUUUUCCCCUUUUCUGCCCUGGGCUGGCCCCAUCAGACCCCAGACCUCAGUCGGUUCUACCCCCUGUCACUUUUGGAAACAGGCAGUGACCUCCUGCUGUUCUGGGUGGGCCGCAUGGUCAUGCUGGGCACCCAGCUCACAGGGCAGCUCCCCUUCAACAAGGUGCUUCUUCACUCCAUGGUCCGGGACAGGCAGGGCCGGAAGAUGAGCAAGUCCCUGGGGAAUGUGCUGGAUCCACGGGACAUCAUCAGAGGGGUGGAGCUGCAGGUGCUGCAGGAGAAGCUGAGAGAUGGGAACUUGGACCCUGCAGAGCUGGCGAUCGCAACUGCAGCACAGAGAAAGGACUUCCCUCAUGGGAUCCCUGAGUGUGGGACAGAUGCCCUGCGGUUUGCUCUGUGCUCCCACGGGGCCCUGGCAGGUGAUUUACACCUGUCUGUCUCUGAGGUCCUGAGCUCCCGACAUUUCUGCAACAAGAUCUGGAAUGCCCUGCGCUUUAUCCUCAAUGUCCUAGGAGAGAAAUUCACACCCCAGCCUGCAGAGGAGUUGUCCCCCUCCACCCCAAUGGACUCCUGGAUCCUGAGCCGUCUGGCCCACACUACCCGAGAGUGUGAGCGAGGCUUCCUCACCCAAGAGCUCCCACUUGCCACCCAUGCCCUGCACCACUUCUGGCUCCACAGCCUCUGUGACGUCUACUUGGAGGCUGUGAAGCCUGGGCUGUCACACCGCCCCUGCCCCGCUGGGCCUCCUCAGGUGCUGUUCUCCUGUGCUGACAUUGGGCUGCGCCUGCUCGCCCCACUCAUGCCCUUCCUGGCUGAGGAGCUCUGGCAAAGACUACCCCCCAGGCCAGGCCGCCUCCCCGCCCCCAGCAUCUCUGUUGCCCCCUACCCCAGUGCCAGCAGCUUGGAACACUGGCACCAGCCUGAGCUGGAGCGGCGCUUCUCCCGGGUCCAGGAGGCUGUGCAGGCACUAAGGGCUCUUCAAGCCACGUACCAGCUCACCAAGGCCCGGCCUCGAGUGCUGCUGCAGAGCUCAGAGCCUGGAGAGCAGGGCGCCUUUGAGGCCUUCCUGGAGCCACUGGGCACCCUGGGCCGCUGUGGGGCUGUGGGCCUCUUACCUGCUGACACAGCCGCUCCCUCUGGCUGGGCCCAGGCCUCUGUCGGUGACACUGUUCAGGUCUACAUGGAGCUACAGGGCCUGGUGGACCCCGAGGCCCAUCUACCUCUGCUGGCUGCCAGAAGACACAAGUUACAGAAGCAGUUUGAUGGCCUCAUAGCCCGGACCCCAUCAGAAAAAGAGGCAGAGACUCAAAGGCAGCAGAGGCUUUCUUCCAUCCAGCUGGAAUUGACAAAACUGGACAAGGCGGCUUCUCACCUCCAGCAGCUGAUGGACGUACCUCCUAGCCCCAGGGAACCCUGAGCCCUCACUCACUGUCCCUGGCGGUUCUCUACCCUGCCAGGCCUGCCUUUGAGAACAAACUGAUCCUGCAGCGGCUGGUGGGAUGCUGCCUCAGAGACCACGUGGUCCACCUCCCUCAUUUAUGGGAACAAACCAGCUUGGUCAGAGUGACUGUGGGUGACUGAGAUGCUCACAUUCCUGCCCCUGCUUCCCUCCUGUGCAGUCCCACCUGGAAGCUUAGGCAUGAGGAGAUUCUGAUAAACUUUUAAAAUCUUAAACACAUGUGCCUGUGGUUCUUUUAUCUCUCUUUCCCUCAAUGGUGAUUUUCUUGCCUUUCAGUUGUUCCCUGAGACUCUGGUCUGGGAAGGGAGGAGGGCUGCCUCUUCUUCAGGCUCGGUUUGGGCCACAGUGGGGGUGUGGAUGCUGGGCAGUGCCUGCCUCGUUGGAGGAAAGGAGAAUUCUCAUAGGCCUCACACAGUGACCCGGGUUCCACCUGCUUCCCAGACUUAUCAACAGUGCCCCAGCUUUUGCUGGCACUUCUCUACUUCCUUGCUCCUUGGCUCAAUCCCCAGGGGUGCUGAGGGGCUGCAGAGAGUGCCCCUCCCUCUCUGUACCUGAGACUAGAGUGCCAGGGACAUCCUUCCUAGCCCCUGACAGAGGUACAUAAGAUGGGCAGAUGCCAACCUCCCCACCCCAAACAUCUUGUCUCAUCUGGAAUUCAGGGGCUGAUUCUCUCAUGCCCAGGUUCCAUUCUGUCCAGUAACUCAGAGUAUCUGCUGUUUAUGGCCGGCCCCUCAUGGCUGGGGCCUCCCUGGUGCUAUUUAAUCCUGAGAACCUCAGAGGUGGGGGUGUUCUCUCCAUUUCAGAUAUGAAGAAAUGUGCUCCAAGAAUAAAAUUAGCUUGUAUAAAGUAUCAACUGGGAUUCAACCCAAUAAAUUAGGUGUAGAUUCUU